AUGAUGAAGAACAACUUCUUUUUUUUUCGAUCAUCAACCAAUGAUGCAAACAAGACCCCUUCACCACUAUUAAAGUCCAAGGAAGUUUCUUCUUGGAGGAGUGUUUCAUUGUCAUCUGGAUCCUUCUAUGAAAGUGGGUCAGGAAAAAAGAAUUUCAUGGAUUUGAGCAAAUCUCCCCAUGGUCACAGUAAGAAAGUUCAUCCUAAGAAAUCUGGUCGCGAUUCAAGUCGAGACCUUAGCGUUCCAGUGUUGAUUCGGACUAUUAGAAUAUUGAAAAAGGAGAAGGUAUAAAUGGCUUCUGAAGUUUGAAGCAUGCUACGGAAUCAAGUUGCUAAAAGGGCUUCUGCUAAGGAAGAAGCCAGCAUUUUACAGGCAGAACUAGAUUCACGGAUACGAAGAUUGGAGAAAGAAAAGAAUAAGUUACAAUCAGUACUAGAAAUCGAGUUGGAUAGAAGAUCCAGCGAUUGGUAUCUAAAACUUGACAAAUACAAAAUUGAACAACAUAGACUCCGUGAAAGGGCGAGGGAGCUUGCAGAACAGAAUGUCUCUCUACAAAGGGAAGUCUCUUCAUUUAAUGAGAAGGAAGUAGAUAAUAGAAUCAAGAUGUCAUUUUUGGAGAAACACCUUGAAGAUUUGUCUAAGAGAAUAGAGCAAGUGCCAGAGGAGAAUCAAAAUCUAAGUCAUGGUUUACGGUUGCUUCUGGCAGGUGCUAAAAAGGAUGAAAAUAUCAACCAGCUCACAAUUGAUUUGCAAGAAUGCAUGAAGGAACUUGUAGUUGUGAAGGGGAUACUACCAAAAGUGUUUCAGGAGAGGGAUUUCAUGUGGGAGGAAGUUAAGAGCUACAGUGAGAUGAAUAUGCUGUUGAAUUAUGAGAUCAACAUGUUGAAUAAGAAGGUAGAUAUCCUCGACGAAGACAUUCUUAUGAAAGAGGGUCAAAUCACAAUCUUGAAAGACUGGAUAGGCAAACCUUUCAACCUUCUUGCAAGUCCUGAUUCUUUGUUGGAGUGAUGGAUGCUAAAUGGCCAAACUACAAUUCAUAUUUUUUUCAUUGACUAUAGUGCUCAUACUUCUCGUAUACUUACAGGUUUUACUCGUAUUCUUUCCCCCUUUGAUACUUGUUAUAGAAAGUUUGCUUCUUUCUUUUGCAACCUUUUUGAAUCUCCAAUUGUAAACAUUUCUUUUACUUGCUGGUGAUCAAGACAAUGAACUUCUUUUGCUUCAUUUGGUUUUUGCAUCAAAAUUCAACUUGUGGUGCUGCUGAAAAUGUUGGAACUGCUGCAAAACCUAAUGGCGUAAUGCAUGAACCUGUACGUGCUGAUAGACCCAAAGCAUUCAGUAACAACAGCUCAUCUGUUCUCUCUUGCAUACAAACAGCA